AGUGUGGGCAGGGUUAACCAAGAUACAGGCACUUAUAAGGAACGUGUCUAUUAGGACAGAGUUCUUUUGAGGGAGGCACAGUGACAAGUAGGAAAAGGUAGAAGAAGCACUGCAAUUAAAUUUCCUGCCCCAUGACCAUUUAAGUGUUAUUAUCUUAAAAACAUUAUCAACAUUUUGAAAACCAAAACAACGCAUCUUCAAACAAGCAUGCAUCAGGCAGUAUGGAUACUGCCUUUGGUUGGGGUAGCCAGUUCUCUGUUCCCAUCAGAGCUGCCAAAUGACUAUCCGAAAACUGAGGAAGGAGCAAGGAAUUUUACAAAAGACUACAAUGCAUCGGCAGAAGCUGUGCUCUUUAGGAGUGUUUCAGCUAGCUGGGAGUAUAACACAAACCUCACAGAGUAUAAUCAGAUAAAGCAGAUAGACGCAUCUUCAGAUGAACAGAACUUCACGGAAAUAUGGGGGAAGAAAGCAAAAGAGCUUUUUGAUGAUAUUCGAGACACUUUUACAGACGAACAACUUAAGAAGAUAAUAAGCAAAAUUCGAAUUCUGGGACCUGCAAACCUGCCCGAAGAUAAGCGUAAAGAAUACAACACCAUCCUGAGUGACAUGGACCGCAUUUACUCUACAGCUAAAGUGUACUUUCCUUGGGAUAGCCAGAAUUCUUCUCUUGAACCAGACAUUGUGAACCUGAUGGCCAAUUCAACAAAUUACAGAAGGUUACUAUAUGCCUGGGAAGGAUGGCAUAACCAGUCAGGGAUGCCACUGAGACAAAUGUAUCCAAGGUUUGUGACUCUCAGCAACAACGCAUCCAGAAUGGAUAAUUUUGCAGACACUGGGGCAUACUGGCGGUCCUGGUAUAACUCUCCUACUUUUGAGGAUGAUUUGGAAAAUAUCUACAAGCAGUUGGAGCCAUUGUAUUUAAAUCUGCAUGCCUAUGUCAGACGCAAGCUUUAUGAGCGCUACGGAGAAAAGUACAUCAAUCUAAAGGGUCCUAUUCCUGCCCACUUGCUUGGCAAUAUGUGGGCACAACAGUGGAACAACAUUUAUGGUAUGAUGAUCCCUUAUCCAAACAAACCAAACCUUGAUGUGACAGAAAAUAUGGUAAAACAAAAAUGGAACGCAACUAAGAUGUUCUUAGUUUCAGAAGAAUUCUUCACAUCUCUGAAUUUAACAAAAAUGCCACAAACAUUUUGGGAGAAAUCUAUGCUGGAAAAGCCUGUAGACCGAGAAGUAGUUUGCCACGCCUCUGCCUGGGACUUUUAUAAUCGGAAAGACUUCAGGAUAAAGCAGUGUACCACAGUGACGAUGGAGCAGCUGUUUACAGUGCACCAUGAAAUGGGCCAUGUGGAAUAUUACCUGCAAUAUAAGGAUCAGCCUGUAAGUUUCCGUGAAGGCGCCAACCCUGGAUUCCAUGAGGCAGUUGGAGAUGUCAUGUCCCUGUCUGUUUCCACUCCAAAACACCUACAAGAAAUUGGUUUGCUUGAACAAGUGACAGAAGACCAAGAAAUUGACAUUAACUACCUUUUGAAGAUGGCUCUGGAGAAAAUAGCUUUCCUGCCAUUUGGAUACUUAAUUGAUCAGUGGCGGUGGGGAGUUUUCAGUGGACGCAUACCUGAAAAUCGCUACAAUUCUGAAUGGUGGUACCUACGAACCAAGUAUCAAGGUAUCUGCCCUCCUGUACCACGAACUGAAGAGAACUUUGAUCCUGGUGCAAAAUAUCAUAUUCCUGGAAAUACUCCUUAUAUCAGAUAUUUUGUGAGCUUCAUUCUUCAGUUCCAGUUUCACAAAGCUUUGUGUAACGCAGCUAAUCACACAGGACCACUCCACAAAUGUGAUAUCUACAGGUCAACAGAAGCAGGACACCUGCUAUCGGCAGCUCUUAGUGCAGGAUCUUCCAAACCGUGGCAAGAGAUUCUUUACAAUGUCACAAAUACUGACAAAAUGGAUGCUGGACCAUUACUGGAAUAUUUCAAGCCUGUAAUUGACUGGCUAGAACAGCAAAAUAAGAAUGAAACUCUUGGAUGGCCAGAUUUUGAUUGGCGCCCCCCCGUUCCUGAAGGUUACCCCAAUGGUACUGACAAAAACACAGAUGAAACUGAUGCAGUCCAAUUUAUAGAAAAAUUCGAUACGAUGGCAAAGGAGGUGUGGAAUGCUUACACAGAAGCAUCGUGGGCAUAUAAUACUGAUAUUAAUAGCAAAAACAAGGAGAUCAUGUUAGAAAAGAAUCUGGAAAUGAACAAUCAAACCCUUAUAUAUGGCCUGGAAGCCCGCAAGUUUGACUAUAGUGACUUCAAAGACGAAAAUGUAAAACGCAUUCUUAAGAAACUGAGUGACAUUGAGCGAGCUGCGCUUCCUGAAAAUGAACUGAAAGAGUACAACACCAUUCUCUCAGACAUGGAGACCACAUACAGUACUGCAAAGGGUUGUCUUAAUCAAGAUAAAUGCCUUCCUUUAGAUCCAGACUUAACAGAACUCCUUGCCAAAUCCAGAAACUACAAUGAACUUCUGUUAGCCUGGAAAGGGUGGCGUGAUGCCUCUGGAAAGAAUAUCCGUCAGAACUACAAAAAAUAUGUGACGCUCAGCAACAAGGCUGCAAGACUGAACAAUCAUGCUGACAAUGGUGCCUUCUGGCGUUCCCUAUAUGAAACACCUACUUUUGAACAGGAUCUAGAAAAACUGUACACCGAACUACAGCCCCUCUAUCGUCAACUGCAUGCCUACACCCGCAGGGCUCUGUAUAAGAUAUAUGGUUCACAGUAUAUUAAUCUGAAGGGUCCUAUUCCUGCUCAUCUUCUGGGUAAUAUGUGGGCUCAGUCUUGGUCCAAUAUUUACAACCUGAUGAUUCCUUACCCUGAUGCCACACAAGUAGACGCUACACCAGCUAUGGUGGAGAAGAAAUGGGAUGCUUUAAGAAUGUUUCAAGAAUCUGAGAAUUUUUUCACCUCUCUGGGUCUGCUACCAAUGCCACAAGAAUUCUGGGACAAAUCCAUGAUAACGAAGCCUACAGAUGGACGUGAGGUGGUGUGCCAUGCUUCUGCAUGGGAUUUCUACAAUGGAAAAGACUUCAGAAUCAAGCAGUGCACUGUAGUGACAAUGGAUGACCUGAUUACAGUUCAUCAUGAGAUGGGUCAUGUUCAAUACUUCCUCCAAUACAAAGAUCAGCCCAUUCCAUUCCGGGAUGGAGCCAACCCUGGUUUCCAUGAAGCCAUUGGAGAUGUUUUAGCACUAUCUGUCUCCACACCUAAACACCUGCAAAGCAUAGGACUGCUGGACAAAGUGGAAAAUAACCAUGAUAGCACAAUUAACUAUCUUCUGAGUAUUGCUCUGGACAAGAUUGCUUUCUUACCUUUUGGAUAUCUCAUGGACCAGUGGAGGUGGAAAGUAUUUGAUGGCCGCAUUUCAGAAAAUGAUUAUAACAAAGAGUGGUGGAAUCUCAGAUUAAAAUAUCAAGGGCUGUGCCCACCAGUGGCACGCACAGAGGAAGAUUUUGACCCAGGUGCAAAAUUUCACAUACCCGCGAAUGUUCCAUACAUUCGAUAUUUUGUCAGCUUUGUUAUCCAGUUCCAGUUCCAUGAAGCUCUCUGUAACGCAGCAAAUCAGACAGGGCCCCUUCAUGAAUGUGACAUCUACCACUCCAAAGAAGCAGGCAAACUACUUGGGGAUGUCAUGAAGCUUGGUUUUAGCAAGCCUUGGCCUGAAGCAAUGAAGAUGAUCACCGGUCAGCCCCACAUGUCUGCUGCCUCUCUGCUUAAAUAUUUUGAUCCCCUCAUUAAAUGGCUGGAGCAGAAGAAUAAAGAAAAUCAGGACAUCCUUGGCUGGCCAGAAUUUGAUUGGGUUCCAGCCACAUCCACAAACAAUCCAGAAAAAGAAGAAUCCAAGAAAGUAGAUUUCCUCGGUUUGUCCCUCGACAACAGCCAAGCCAUAGCUGGCCAGUGGAUCCUGUUCGUUAUUGCCAUGGUGUUGGUCAUUUCUGUCGCUUUAGUGGGAUACAAGUACUUCAGAAUAAAAAAGAAAUCAGAAAUGUCAGGCUCCGAAUUGGAACUCAAAUGAAAGUGACUUCCUGUUCAUAUGGUAUACUCUUUUAUUUUCCUUCAUGUGUUCAUGUGAUCAGGUCAAAAUUAUUUGACUAUGCAACAAAACCAACUGGAUUUUCUAAUUUAUUUGUAGAAUAUUGGACAUCGAAAUAAAUUUAAAUAAAUUAUGAA